AUGCCACGUAGACGUACCCCGAGGCGCUCACAACCCGUCGAUAUACCUCUCCAUGCCCUCCCACUCCGUCUUGCCCGUCGACAGCAGGUAGCGUAUUUGGCCCAGGUCGGUGACGCCGCGGUGGCGCUCGAACUCGGCGCGCGCGAAGCUGCGCGUAUCGGCGCGGUUCGUCGGGUCGGCGAUGCGCCGCGUGCCGCGCAGGACGGUGCGGUAGAGCGAGAGGGCGCGGGAGCGCUGGAGGAACUGCGCGCGGCUCAGGGUUGCGCGGCCCAGCCGGCUCUUGUUGGGCGGGCUUGCGGUGGCGGCAUAGCUUCGGGAUGCGGCGACGGCGGGGCGCAGCUUGGCUGUUGUUAUCUGGACGGAGCGCAUGUGGCCGUGUGUUCUAUAGUCGACACAUUGGAGUCUGAGAAGAGAGCAGCACAUGCUAAGAUCUCAUUAAGCAGCGAACAAAGCUGGACCGAGUGGACAAACCCAAAGACGCAGGCCAUUUUCUCGUUGAGUCUGGUCCGGGCAGGGAACCUGAGCCAGGAAGAUCUGAAAGCGUGCUUCGACCUCAUCGAAGAGACGAGUCGCGCCGACUACGAACCCUCGUCCUUCGGCUGGAAGCCGAGCAAGAAGCUGGCCGAGAUGAAGUCGCCUGAUCUGCGGUACAUCCUCGUGAAGGAUGUCGAGGGCGGCGGCAUUCGCGGAUUCACUUCGCUCAUGCCGACGUUUGAGGAGGGCGAGCCGGUCGUCUACUGCUACGAGAUUCAUCUCAAGCCGGAGCUACAGGGGACGGGUCUCGGAAAACUCCUGAUGAGCUUUCAGGAGAGAGUCGCCGCCAACACGCCGCCUAUCAAGAAAGUCAUGCUGACCUGCUUCGUGAGCAACAACCAGGCUCUUGGGUUCUACAGAAAAUUCGGCUUCGAGACGGACCGUAUCUCGCCUGAGCCACGCAAACUCAGGUUUGGGAAGCUGUUCGUGCCUGAUUAUGUUAUCAUGAGCAAGGUCGUAGAGACCAGUCGACUUCCGGGCACCAGCCCCUGA